UAAGUAUGUCAAAUGUCGUUUCUCAAAUGUCAAGUGAUUUCCUUAUUUUUUUUAGGUUAUAAAAAUAUAAAUAUAAAUUCAUAAUUUAUAAUUAUUAAAUACUACUUCGAUAAAACAGUUAUAUCACAAACACUAAUUAUUAGUGGUAAAAUUCAAAAAGAUUUAAUGAAAAAUGUUACUUUUAUCAUGUGCCAUAAAUAGUUUAAGGAGGUGCAUUGCACAGCGCUAUCCUCAAAAGUACUGGGACUUUGCUAACAGGACACAAAAAGUAUCAUUUAGUUCAGUAACUACUAGGACUAUACACGAUGUGAAUACAAACGUAAUAAAAGAUGUUAUUCUGUUUAAAUAUGAAAAUCCUAAGUUUUAUAUGUAUAUGAAUAUUUUCGCAGUCGUUCAAUACAUCUUUUGGUCAUACUUAGGCAUAUUUGCAUUUUCUUCACUAAGAGAUGCACCGGUGGACAAAUCUAAAAUCACAGAGGACACACCUUGGUUUAGAAAAAUAAACUUGGGAGAAAAUAAGUAUAAAAAUGGUUUAGGAAUUAUAGCUGUAGUUAUUGGUACUGGAUCUUUGGGAAUAAUAUGGAUGUACACAUUAAAAUCAGUCCGGUUUCUUAUCCUCAAAGGGGGCAGGAACUUGACAUUUGUCACAUAUACUCCAUUUGGGAAAAAUCGCAUUAUAAAGAUUCCUAUUGAUCAUGUAUGUUGCAAGGAAAGCAGAUUGAAUGCACGAGUGCAAUUGCCACUGAAAGUAAAGAAUUAUUGGAUGCAUUUUAUGCUUGACAUGAGAGGAGAGUUCAGGAACCCAUUGCUGUUUGACUCUACUGCGGGAUUGAAGAGAAAGUGGUGAAUAUAAUUUUUUAAUCGAAACUAUGCAACAACAUACCAAUAUCACAAAAGAAAUUAUUAAUAAAAGAAGCUGUGUUACAAUUUAUACAAGUACAGAGUAUUGAAGUCUGUACAUUUUGAUAGUUACUGUAAUGUUGCUCUUACUGAAUCAUGUGACUGAAGCUCAAUGUAUGUCAUGUCAAAUCAUUUUGCAGAACCAGUGACAUUUAACCAAUGUAAAGAUAGAUUCUGAGUUACCAUUUCUGUAAGCUUAUCUCAAAAAUUAACUUCAUUUGAUAUCACAACAAAAUCUUUCUUCUAAGGGCCAAUAGGAAUUAAAUUUCUAAUAGAUUUAAGUCAAAAUUGGUUCAUAGGGAAAUUAUCAAAUUCAAAUAUUAGGAGAUAGGUUUAAAGAAAUGGCGCCUUAGAAUCGACUCACUGUCUCAUUGUGACAUACUAUAAAUGUCGUAUUUUAACAUAGUAUAAAUGUGAGUGUAACAUGAGAAUAAAUAUCUCAUAUUCCUUAUGUCGAGUCGAGCAAAGUCGGUAAUAACAUGAUUACUAAUAUAUAGAAUACAAUAAUUUGUCACCAUUGAGAAUUUUCCUUGGAUAAAUAACUGUUGAGCUUUGUUACUUGCAACUUUGUGCAAAAAAUAACUAUUUUGUCAGAAGCAUUUGUCGACUUAAUAAUAGAAAAUAGAAUUUGAUUAGGUACAUUGUUAAUAAAAUAUUUAUAUUGUUAAAAUUAGUAUUCUUUUAAAUAUUUUCCUUAUUAAAUUUCUGGAAUGUUUGGAGCAAACAAAUUCGGAUCAUUUUUACGUAAAGAAAAAGCAUUUUAUGUUUAUGAGAAAAAAAAGUCUUUAUUAAAUUGUUUAUAUAUAAUUAGAUUAACGGAAAAAUAGUCUGUCUCAACACAAAAUAAACAUAAAGUACAAAUAAUAACAAAAAAUAAAUAUUUACAUCAUUCUUUACUAUAUACAACAUCAGACUGUUAAGUGCGAGCGAAUUUUGAUUAACAAUAACAUAUAAGUACAUAAUCGAGAAAACAACCUUGUGUCGGUUGAUGUGAUCAUUGUAAUUUACCGCUAUCUUUACCUCUCCAUCUCAUAACCACUUAGUAAUACCACUACAGACAAUCUAUUUAGAUCGAUUUAUAACAAACGGCACGCACGUGAGCGAUGUGGGUGUGUCUGAUCAUAUCUUACAAUGUAGUAAAGUAAAUACUUAUACAGUAAUUUAAAAUUCAUAUUUGCAUGAGACUUGACAACUUGGAAUCGGGUUGACAGUGCGCACGCUCCGUGUAAUGCAAACAACUAGACAUAUAUUUGUCAGGGUCAACGUAAAUCGUUUUACUUUGAUUAGUCGUAAUAGCUAACCUAAUAAUUAAACUAGAUCAAAUCAUAAGCGUUUGAAAUAUAGUAGUAGAAACUAUACAAUUACAGCUGUUAACCCUUAGAGGUAAAGAUAGUGAAAGA